AUGGGUCCCUGGAGGCGCCUCCCCACAUACUUCCCGAAUAUCAGUCUCCACAUGCUGCCGCUCAUGGAGCAAGAGCUGGAGGCGGUGAAGAAGACGGGCUGGCUGAGGAAGGUCGCGUUCAGAACGACACCCAACGUUAGCAAGCUGGAGAUCAAGGCGUUCUUGGAGAGAGUGUAUGGUAUGAGUGUGGAGAAAGUCAACACGCUGAACUAUGAGGGCAAGAAAAAGAGAAGGAAAUAUGGUAUGGUCCAGAGACCUGACUGGAAGAAAGCUUACGUAUACUUUAAGCCGCAAGUUGGUGACAGUGUGGAGGACAAUGAAUCCAGAUGA